CCAUCAUCAUCACAAAAUUACAGCAAAAAUCAAAAUCCCCAAUUGUGGCGAAUACAGCUCCACCCCUUCCUUCCUUUCCUUUCCCCAAAACAAAUCAAACGAGUGACUGAAUAUCUCAAACAUUCUUCCAUGAAAUGAAUCUUUCUCUUUCUCUGAGUUCCAUAAUUCACAGCUUAUGGACGCCAACCAUAAACCCAUUUAUAAGGAUUACUACAAGGUCUUAGAAGUGGAUUAUGAUGCAACUGAUGAGAAGAUACGCUUGAAUUAUCGCAAGCUUGCAUUGAAGUGGCAUCCUGACAAACAUAAGGGUGAUAGUGCUGUUACUGCAAAAUUUCAAGAGAUUAAUGAAGCUUAUACUGUGUUGAGUGAUCCAGAUAAAAGACUGGAGUAUGAUCUAAAUGGAAAUUAUGAGAUUGACAAAUAUACUCUGCGGGAAUAUUUAUCGAGAUUCAAAGGAAUGAUACUUACCUGUAAUGGGCUUGGUAUAAGUCACACAUCAAUUUGGUCACAGCCACUGAUGGAAAUGAACAAUUUAAAAGAAAAAUAAGGUUUGAAGUCAUCUCAGUGUAUUUGUUCUCCUCUCGACCUCAAUAAUUUGCUCGUUCAACAUUUGCAGAUUGGCCAACUCUUUGUAUCAUAUUGUUGUAUGCAUAGCACACAAGAGUCGAUGGAAAACGUCUCUUGUAGAUUAUGUUGGGCUGAUACAGUAAGGUUAUGAAGUCUUGUAUAUACUAAUUGAAGUAUAAUUAUAUUUAGAGAGGUCAUUUUGGGAUUAACAAUGUCAUUCUACAAACUUUCCAUUUUAUAUUGUUAGUAGUUUAGUGAAACUGAAAUGGAAUUGUUCAGUAUUAUUGGCUAAA